AGGAGGAGGAGGAGGGCGCGCGGCGCCAGCCAGCCAGAGACGGAGCCAGGGCUGCUCCAGGCGGAGGAGGAGGAGGCGCGGGCAGCAGCUCCAGCUCCGAGCCCCUUGGCAGCAGCGACCCACCCUGUCCGCUCGCUGGAGCCCGGAGAAGCCGGUGGGCUUCGCAGCAAGAUGCUCCAGGUGCCAGCCUUCGCCUGUGUCUGGGCAGCCGCCGCUUGGUGCAGCCAGGGGGCUGGGGCCUCGGCUUCAUCGGGGACCACCGGGGCCAGGUCGCCCGGAGGCAAUUUUCUGGAUGAUAAACAAUGGCUUACCACCAUCUCCCAGUAUGACAAAGAGGCCGGGCAGUGGAACAAAUUCCGAGACGAAGUUGAGGAUGAUUAUUUUCGCACAUGGAGCCCACCUAGACCCUUUGAUCAAGCUUUAGACCCAGCUAAAGAUCCAUGCUUAAAGAUGAAAUGUAGUCGUCAUAAAGUGUGCGUUGCUCAAGAUCAACAAACUGCUGUUUGCAUUAGCCACCGGAGACUGACACACAGUAUGAAAGAGGCUGGAUUAGGCCAUAAGCAGUGGAGAGUUGGUCCUCUUUCAUCAAGAUGCAAGCAGUGUCCAGUGGUUUAUACCAGCCCUGUUUGUGGAUCAGAUGGCCAUACGUAUUCUUCUCAGUGCAAACUAGAAUAUCAAGCCUGUGUCUCAGGAAAACAGAUCUCAGUAAAGUGUGAAGGACGUUGUCCUUGCCCUUCAGAUAAAUCCACAAGUGCAGGCAGAAAUGAUAAGAGAGUGUGCAGUGACCUGGAGUUCAGAGAGGUUGCAAACAGAUUGCGAGAUUGGUUCAAGGCUCUUCAUGAAAGCGGAAUUCAGAAGAGGACUAGAAUUGUACAAAGGCCUGAAAGAAGCAGAUUUGAUACCAGUAUUUUGCCAAUUUGCAAGGACUCCCUUGGCUGGAUGUUUAACAGGCUUGAUACAAACUAUGACCUGCUGUUGGACCAAUCAGAACUUGGAAGCAUUUACCUUGAUAAGAACGAGCAGUGCACCAAGGCUUUCUUCAAUUCUUGUGAUACAUAUAAGGAUAGUUUGAUAUCUAACAAUGAAUGGUGCUAUUGCUUCCAGAGACAACAAGACCCACCUUGCCAGACAGAACUCAGCAACAUUCAGAAACAGCAAGGGGGAAAGAAGCUCCUAGGGCAGUAUAUCCCCUUAUGUGAUGAAGAUGGGUAUUACAAACCAACCCAGUGCCAUGGAAGUGCAGGGCAAUGCUGGUGUGUUGAUAGAUAUGGUAAUGAGGUAACAGGAUCCAGAACGCAUGGUGCUGCAGACUGUGCUAUUGAGCUAGAAACGUCAGGUGAUUUUGCCAGUGGCGAUUUCCAUGACUGGACAGAUGAUGAGAAUGAUGAAAUGAUGAAUGAUGAAGAUGAAAUUGAAGAUGACGAUGAGGAUGAAGGUGACGAUGAUGAUGACGAUGACCAUGAAGGAUAUAUUUGAUGUUUGUAGCUGUGACUAAAUUGUCUUUCUAAAAUUUACAAGAUGACACUCCCAGAAAAUCCCUAUACCUUUGAAGGUCAAAAGGAUUCUAAAUAACAUGUAUAUUUUGUAUGAUUAUUUGAAAUAUUGCAACUGAAGUCAUAGACUUUCUUUGUUUAAAUGAAAAUCAUUAUAUUAUGUGUUGUUUUUAUAUGCCAUUGAGCAGAAGAAAACACACUGGAGUCUAGCCUGAAGAAAGAAAUGUGUACGUGCUACUAAAAAGUGAAACUAAACAAAAUAAAAAAACAUUAAAUGUGCAGAUAAUCAUAAGGACAAGCAAACCUUAAAGCUUCCAUGAAAAAGACAUCUUCUGUUUGGGACUGUGUGUAUGGCCACUUCCAGCAGGUGCUUUGUUAUAAGCAAAGUGACUUAAAACUUUAGAUGUGAUUUAGACCAUGUGGACGUUUUUCUCAAAAUGUGCACAGACAGGAUAAGGAAAUUAUAAUCAAGGUCAUAAUAUGUUGCCAGCUUAUUAUGUACCAGAGGACUGGAAAAGUUGUGACUGUAGAAGUGAUCAGGUUCUCCUCUGUGUUCGCAAAUGUUAUCUUUUGACUUUGAAAUUACUAGGUUGUUGAAAUGUAAAACCAGUAAAACCAAGACAAGCAUAGAUUCUGAAAAAUCUGAAGUUUUGUUUCCCCUUUCCCUCCCAAUUUUUUUCCCUUAGUUCAUGUUAAAAUCAUGUCAGCUUGUUAUGCGUGCAGGCAGCCUGAUAAUUUUAUCUUUCUUUCUGUAGGAUUCUAACCAUAAAUUAGUUUUACAUAUUUUAAUGGGAAAACUUUGCAUAAAGAGUGUUUAUAUAUUAAUGGACUUGAAAACCAUGAUACUUUCCCCGAGAGACUCUUUUCAACUUAAUUAUGGAGUUUUGUUUUUCCAACUCCAACAAAUUUCUAUUCUCUCUCCUAAGUCAUGCCCUUUUUGUUUACUAAUUCAAAACGUUAGAGGAGUUAUUGUAAGGUGCCUUGCAAAAUAGAAAUAGAAAGAUUUAUAGCAUGCAUACCAAUAUAUGAUUAUUAGGCAAUAGCCAAAUAUUCCAAAUUUAAUAUCAAAAUAGGUACUGCUGCUGGAAUGAAGAAACAGGUUAUUUUCUCUCCCACCUCAUUGUUAUGUAAUUACCAUGUAAUACAUUACAAUUCUUAAGUAGUCUUGCAUUCAAAAUUUGACUGUAGAGAAAAUUAUUUUAAUCACUGUAUUUAUGUUAGCAUGUUGAUUAAUUGUGUAGACUUUUUAAAAUUCCAUUACCUUCAUUCAUAUCAUACUUGUGGCUUUGUGCCAUAAUAAAACUGAAAGACCCUGUGUAACAAUAUGCAAGCAGUUGUUUAAUUUCAACUGUGACUUACUGUUUUCCCUAAUUUUUAUCUGCAGUUAAUUGAAAGAAAAAAAAUAUUUUUCUUCUUUGAUUUCAAUAGGGUUACUACUAAAUUUAAUGAUUAUCUUAUGUGACAUUAAACUAUACUACAGUUUUCUUUUUUCAUGUUUAUGUAUAGUUUGCAAAAUAAAGAUUCUCAUAACCAACUUUUAA